CAUGGCUGCACCCAUAUUGUUUAGCAGAGGUGUACGUUAAAACAUUGUUUGCACGAUUUCUUGUGUUUUAGAAGACUGAACAUCGUAGCGCGAUAAUGGCCAUAUGGAAGAGGAUCCAACAUUAUACCAAUUUAUCUGGGUGUUAUAUUCAUGUUGUGUAUAAAGUACAGUCAUCACAAACUUCACAGAAUCUACAACAUUUAUUCAAAAGAACAUUUUCAGUCAGACCAAGCUGUGAUGUAAAGACUGUAGAUGUUCUAGGCAGCACAUACACCACUGAUCAAACCACAAAUGUUACUCAAAAAAUAUUGGAAAAGAUUGGCAAGAACUUGCAUUGUAAGCACAAUCACCCAUUAAAUUUAAUAACCAGACGAAUUGAAAAUUAUUUCAACAACAACUUCAGAAAUAAUUGGCGUGCUCCAAUGUUUAGUAAGUUUGAUCGUCUUAGUCCAGUUGUGACUUUGACCCAGAACUUUGACACCUUACUGGUGCCCCCUGACCAUCCCAGCCGGGCGUUGUCUGAGAGUUACUAUCUGAACUCUACUUACAUGUUGAGAGCCCACACUUCAGCACAUCAGAGUGAUCUGAUAAAGACAGGACUGGAUGCCUUCCUUGUUGUGGGCGAUGUCUAUCGAAGAGACACUGUGGAUGCUAGCCAUUAUCCAGCUUUCCACCAGAUGGAAGGAGUUAGACUUUUUUCAAAACAGGAACUCUUUAGUCAUGUGGAAGACACAUCAAAAGUGACAUUUUUUGAGGAGGGUACAAGAAAUGGCACCAAACAAGAAAGACUUACUGUAGAAACAUCGUUGUGUUUAGAACAGGAUCUCAAGGACACUUUGAGGAAUCUUGCUAAUCAUCUUUUUGGGGAUGAUGUGGAGAUGCAAUGGGUUGAUGCUUACUUUCCUUUUACACAUCCGUCCUGGGAACUGGAGAUAAAAUACCAAGGGGAGUGGUUAGAAGUGCUAGGAUGUGGACUAAUAGAACAAGAUAUUCUAACAUCUGCUGGAGCAGAUAGCAAAGUUGGCUGGGCCUUUGGUCUGGGGCUGGAGAGGCUAGCCAUGAGAUUAUAUAGUAUUCCAGACAUCCGACUCUUUUGGAGUGAAGAUUCUAGAUUUUAUAAACAGUUUGAUGUUGAUGAUCCAGACAAAAAAAUUACUUUUAAGCCUUUCAGUAAGCAAUCUCCAUGCAUUAAUGAUGUUUCAUUCUGGGUGCCUAAUGACUUUUCUGAGAACGAUUUUUACGAUAUUGUGCGUAGUAUUGGCAGUGACCUUGUAGAAAGUGUAGAACUCUUUGACGAUUUUGUUCAUCCCAAAACAAAGCGGCGGAGUAAGGCCUAUCAUAUUACGUACCGUCACAUGGAGCGAAGUCUGACACAGGAGGAAGUUAACGACAUUCACGGGAACAUUAUGGAGGAAGCUGUCACACAGCUGGGUAUCCAAAUCCGAUAAAAUUAAUGUGUUAUAUACUUUUGCACCGUGUUGGACAAAGUACUGUCUGCAAAGUUGUACCUCACAGGCCUGAACAAUUUUGGAGGAUAGCUAUUAGGGAUGCACGAUUUUAUCGAUAUACUGGUAUAUUGUGAUUUUUUUAUUGCGAGAUAAGUAUCGUGAUACGGAGACUAAAAUACCGGUAUUUGGUAACAUAACUAUAAAUUCCGGAAAUUAUUCAUUUAUUUGUUCAAACUAUUGAAUGACAAUUACAGGAAGUGUAAAAAAUG